GUUUAUCCGACGUACGACUUCGCCUGCCCUAUUGUGGAUAGUGUGGAAGGAGUAACUCAUGCUCUCCGUACAACUGAGUAUACUGACAGAGAUGAUCAGUAUUACUUCAUUUGUGAUGCUCUGGGUAUUCGUAAACCACAUAUUUGGUCAUAUGCUCGUCUGAAUAUGACAAAUACUGUGAUGAGUAAACGCAAGUUAACAUGGUUCGUCGAUGAGGGUCAUGUCGAGGGCUGGGAUGAUCCGCGCUUUCCCACUGUACGCGGUGUAAUGCGGCGAGGAAUGACGGUUGAAGGUUUGAAACAGUUCAUCAUAGCUCAGGGUGGCUCGAGAUCGGUUGUGAUGAUGGAAUGGGACAAGAUAUGGUCAUUCAACAAGAAAGUGAUUGACCCAGUAGCACCCAGGUACACAGCUCUUGAAACGGCGUCGCUUGUACCCGUCUUUAUCUCCACACCAGUUGUUGUCGAAGAAGUUCAAGUUCCUCUUCACCCAAAGAAUGCCGACGUUGGAAAGAAGACGGUGUGGAGGAGUGCAAAAUUGUUGGUGGAACAAGUUGAUGCACUUGAGAUGAAAUCUGGAGAUACGGUUACUUUUGUCAACUGGGGCAACCUUAAGAUCGUCUCAGUAGAUAAGAAAAAUGGUGUUGUCACAGAAAUUCAUGCGGUUUUGGAUCUUGCUAAUCAGGACUUCAAGAAGACAAUGAAGGUGACAUGGAUUGCCGAAGCUGAGGAACCCAGCGCCGCAUGCAUUCCAGUUAUGACGAUUGAGUAUGAUCACAUCAUUAGUAAGGCUGUUGUUGGCAAAGAAGAGGACUGGAAGAAUUUCAUCAACUAUGACUCAGUGCAUUUCACCAAAAUGCUUGGCGAACCGGCAUUGCGAAACGUGAAGAAGGGCGACAUUAUUCAGCUGCAGAGAAAAGGAUUCUACAUAUGCGAUCAUGACUAUCAGGCGAAAAGCGAGUUUAGGUAA